GUGUCACUCUGUCUGUUGGACAGCACAGCAAUAUGAUGAGUAGGCUUUCUGUGGCGUCCCAGAGUGUCGUAUGAUUGGAUGGACCAUUCCCCCCACCUCCACCCUCCUCCCUUCUAUAGUCCUCACCAGGGGCGUGGAGCCAAGCGAACUGAAUGGGAAACACAUUUGGUGUACCUCACCGGUGCACUAACCAAAUGGUGGAAGGCGAUGACAAGCGCAAACAGCUGUUGUUUUAAGUUAACUACCGAGGGGACUACAGGAAAAAUAAAAAAAACCCCGAGUCUUAAAGCGACCCGUGUGUGCUAUUUACUUACGCGGCAGCGAAGAAGAAGAAGAAACAGUGGGGAGAGUCGCAUUGGGAGCUGCAACCGAAGAGAGGGAUGCGGGGACUUAAAAGGAGAUAAAUACAAGAGAUUCGUCAGUUAUUUCUUGUCAGCAUGUGGUAUGUGUUCAGUUAAGAAAGACCGAAUUUGUUUGCGGUCGCUGGGGCGGCUCCUGUGCUUGAAAAUGGAGAUAAUAUGCAGAUAGGGCGUUUUUGAAGUCCACCUUUUGUCGUGGACAGUCGGCUAACGUUGGCGAGGUUUUUUUUGAGUGCUGCUACUGGACCUGGCAGGUUUGUCUCUGCUGUGUGUCACUAGCGUCAGUUUUACUCGAGGGUGUUUUUUAUGCCCCUUUUUUGAACAAGUGUUGUUAAGGGCCUCUCCCGGCAAACUGCGUCACCGAGUGGGCGCUGCAGGUAUUCAUCUGUCGAUCUGCGUGUUGGAAAGUCUACCCGUGAUGGCACGAAUGACCUGGAAAUCAAGGCGACUGAACUUUUAAGUCACCAUGGAGCCGGAGUCUAAAUCAGGCUCCGGGGACCAUCAAGACCUGAGAAAUUCGCCUGUAACCAAGUCUCAGUGUGAACCGGGCAAAAAUGUUUGCGAGGCCAUGGGUGAUGGACCCGUCAGUCUUGUGGACUCUGUAGUGAGAGGUGGGAGUGACCCCAGCGCAUAUCCUUCCUCCAGUUAUCAGAGGAUUGUGCAUCAGAGAUUCAUCAGGAGAAGUUUGUGGUUUUCAGACACAGAUGAGCAGGCCUUUGAAGCACCUGAAUGUAAUAACAGGAGUAAGAUCCUAAACAUUAACCUGCGAACAAUUGUGGACAGGUCUAGGGGGACCAGCUGUGGGAUACAGGAGGGAUCCAGCACUGAAAGUCAAGGUGGGCUUAAAGACAGUGCAACAGAGAGCGCCAGCGCCGAUGAGGACAAGGAGAAAGGUGGAGACGUGUUAAAUGUUACAUGCAGUGAUGGUGGUAAAGCUGCUGUCAAGGCAGCCAGUGAGGAGAAUGAGGAGGAGGCAGAGAUGAAGGCAGUCUCCACGUCUCCAGGGGGAAGGUUCCUUAAAUUUGACAUAGAGCUGGGGAGAGGUUCCUUCAAGACAGUCUACAAAGGCCUGGAUACUGAGACCUGGGUGGAGGUGGCCUGGUGUGAGCUGCAGGAUCGUAAGCUUUCUAAAAUGGAACGUCAGCGCUUUAAAGAGGAAGCAGAAAUGUUGAAGGGCCUCCAGCAUCCCAACAUUGUCCGUUUCUACGACUUCUGGGAGUCACCGCUUAAAGGAAAGAAGUGCAUUGUUUUAGUAACAGAGCUCAUGACGUCAGGAACGCUAAAAACCUAUCUAAAGCGUUUCAAGGUAAUGAAGCCCAAAGUGUUAAGGAGCUGGUGUAGACAGAUCCUUAAAGGCCUCCACUUUCUCCACACCAGGACGCCUCCCAUCAUUCACAGAGAUCUUAAAUGUGACAACAUCUUUAUUACUGGACCUACAGGUUCAGUAAAGAUAGGGGAUUUAGGUCUGGCAACACUCAAGGCAGCUUCUUUUGCUAAGAGUGUCAUAGGCACUCCAGAGUUCAUGGCCCCAGAGAUGUAUGAGGAACACUAUGACGAGGCUGUGGAUGUCUAUGCCUUUGGCAUGUGUAUGCUAGAAAUGGCCACCUCUGAAUAUCCCUAUUCUGAGUGUCAGAAUGCUGCUCAAAUCUACCGCAAAGUUACCAGUGGAGUAAAGCCAGCCAGCUACAACAAGGUCAUGGAUCCUGAAAUCAAGGAGAUCAUUGGAGAGUGCAUCUGCCAAAAGAAAGAGGAACGGUACACGAUCAAAGAUCUGUUGAAUCACGCUUUUUUUGCCGAGGACACAGGUGUGAGGGUGGAGCUAGCUGAGGAGGAUGAUGGAAAAAAGUCCUCAAUAGCUCUCAAACUGUGGGUGGAGGACCCCAAGAAGUUAAAAGGGAAAUACAAGGAGAGUGGGGCCAUUGAGUUUACAUUUGACCUGGAGAAGGAGGUCCCUGAGGUUGUCGCACAAGAAAUGGUGGAGUCUGGCUUCUUCCAUGAGAGCGAUGCUAAGACCGUGGGAAAGUCGAUCAGGGACCGUGUGGCACUGAUCAAAUGGAGACGAGAGCGCACAGUGUCUGCAGCGGCUGCAGAGAAUCAGGGUGAAGGUGGACACAGCACCCAGAUGACACCAUCUCAGGGCAUCUCUGCUGGGGUGCCACAUGUAGGGCAGCCCCUUGUGCUGGAACCAGAAGAACCAGAGGCAGACCAGUACAACAGGCUGCAUACCCUCACAGCCAGUGCCACCUCAGUAACAUCAGACAGCACACUUGACAGUGGCAUGGGCUCCACAGUGUACUCGGACUCCCACAGCAGCCAGCACAGUGUCCUCUACCAGUCCCUGCUCGAGCCUAUUACUAUGGCAACACAGCAGUGCCCGAGCAGUAGCCAUUUUCUGACAGAUCGACCCCAGUACUGCGAACGGGGUGAAGUGUGGGAGGCAACGCUGAGCCCAGAGCUCAGGGCUCGAUUGGGAGCUGAAGGCCGGAGGGGAAGUGCCCCUGUUAUUGACAUUCAAAGGGCAAACCACAUUGCUCGACUGCAUGCCCUCAUUCAGUCUAAGAGAUCAGUCAGUCCCAACCCAACGGUACCAGAACAGUCAGAACUCAGCUCUGCUGAGCUGCACUCAGAGUCUUAUGGAGGGUUUUCCCCACAGAGUGCUAUGCCAGUAAUAAAAGUCUCCCCCGUCUCUUCACCUACUGACCACCGCCGACUUAGUGAUAUCAACAUCAGAUCGCCAUCAGAGACAUUAUCACUUCCUGUGCCAACUGAACGAAGGCACUCUGACCUUAGUAGUCUUCUGAGUCUGACCUCUCAUCACAACCACCAUAUUGCGAUGCACAGGGGCUCUGUGUGCCAGGCAUGUAUUUCUAUGCUUCAUUUGAGGUCACAAGAUUGGAGGCACCACUGUCAUUCUGUUGUCAUGCCAACACACCAAUGUCCAUGUGACUUUAGACACCACCCAUCACCUGGUGGAAUGAUGAGCACUCCUGGCUAUGGACUGCUGAAGGCUUCAAGUGAUUAUUCCAAUUUCUCACAGCUGCAGCAGUCCCUCUUUAAUAUAAUCAGUCGCAAAGCAGCCCCUUGUCCCCCCACACCUGCCCAAGCCUCAUCACUGUACUCUUCAGCUGCUCUCAGUCCAACCGGGAGUGAUGGAGACUGCAGCCUAAAGAGUCAUUUCCAGAUUAGCAGUCUUGUUGGGGACCACGAACCUCUCCAGGAGUGUGAAGACAGAUGCUGUGCCAGAGAGCAGCAAGUUACCAGGGCUGUAGGAGUGGCCAGUUCUACAGGUUACCAGACCCAACAAUCUGUCCAAGGUCUGUCCUCUUCCAGCUCCACAGUGCAUGCACCACCACAGUACCUCGAGCCUGGACACAGCUAUCCUGCUACUUUGUAUGCUCCUCAGCCUUGUGCACCAACACCAGCUCCAGCCAGUCUAUGUUCAGUCAACAUCCAACAUGCGACCAGUGCUGGUAGCUACUCACCGCCAAAUGUGCAACAGGCUCAAGUUGCAGCAAGUAUUGUACCAUCAGCUGUGCCACAACAUGUUGUACAAAGCUACCAAGCACCAGUUCAGCAACAGCAGCAAGUAACUGCAGCGAGCUCUUUGACUUUUCACUUACAAGUGCAGCAAACAUCUCAGAACUCUGUGGCCCCACCUUUACAACAGGCUCAGUCUGCAUCAGGAUCAGUUCAGCAGCCAACUGCAGCAACCACUCUGCCAGCACAGCAGCCAACUGAAAAUUGUCCUCGUGCAUCUGCAGCCCCAUCUAUGGCACCCACAGUUCAGGGUCAACUAGUACAAGCUUCCAGCACACUGCAGCAGGCCCAAACCACAGUCAAAUUGCCCCAUCAGCAACAUAGUCAAAACUCUGCCACACCAGCACUUUACAGUCAGCAAAUAUCCAUUCAACCAGAGCACCAACAGUCUUUAUCACAAAAUGCACAGCAAAAUGCUGGGAAGGCCUGUGUUCAGUCUCAACUCCAGCAUGGCCAAGAAACUGUGUAUGCCAUGCACCAGCAAAUGGCACAACAUCCAACCCAACAAUCACAAAGUCUUCACUGUUCGACACAGCAACAAGUGCACACUCCAAAUGUCCAGCAGCACAGUCAAAAAACUAUCCAAACAGCAGUUCCACAACAGAGUCAGGAUGUAUCGCAGUCUCAGCCCCAAACCACCGCAACUCAAGUUCUGCAGGUUCCAGCCAAACAUCAGAGUUACUCAGCUGCAGGUCCACAUGAUGCUGCCUCUCAGAGCUAUGCACAUUCUGCACUUCAACAAACAGCUCCGGGUCAAAGUCAGUACCUGCCUGCCCAAUCAGUCUGUCCACAGAAUUACAUAGCAGCUAACCAGGUACUGACUUCUCAGAGCAUUUCAACCUCUUCUCAGCAAGGCCAGGCUGAACAUACCACCCAACAGAAUAUCUCUGCUGGUCAGAGCAUUUCACAGCUUGGACAGGGUGGACAGGGCCAUGGGCAGAAUGUCAGCCAGCCAGCUUCCAGUGGGCCAGCACAGGCACUCUCUGCUCAGCAGUCAGCUGCUCACCAACAGCAACUCCAGCCUCUGCAGAUUUCUGCUUCACUGUCACCAUCACACCAACCACAGUUUCCUUCACAGUAUCCCACAGUCCAGGCUCCUCAGCAGUCCCAGGUUAGCCAUCCCGAGCCUGUUCCCUGUGCUCAGUCAGUCCAGCCAUCUCAGCUCAAACAAGCUGCAGUCUUUUCUUCACAUGUGCAGAACGGGGCAGAACUGGGAACAGCCUCUGCGGCUGCCCAGCUGGACAGUGUGAGCCCAUGCCAGCUCCCCCCACAGGCCCAGCCCCAGAGUCAGGUUCAAAGCCAAAUUCCUGUGCUGCAGUCUGCAGACUCCCAGAGAGCAUCAUCUGGGUCUGCCAGUUCCUGUUGGACUCAGCAGAAACAACUGAGUAAUGUCACAGGAGCUGCAGGUCAGGGUUCAACAGAGAUUAACAUGGAGGACCAAGCUGCAGAGAAACACACAGGAGGACAGAGCUAUGACAGUGUCAACUCCGAUGCCACAUCAGGAAAGGAGAUGAGUGAUGGUUAUGAAGGGACACAUGGAGGUAGAUGUGAUGGGAAAGUCCGCAAACACCACCGCAGGUCCUCACGCACUCGUUCUCGGCAAGAAAAGCUCAGCAGACCAAAGCUUAGCAUGCUGAAUGUGUGUAACACUGGGGAUAAAAUGGUCGAGUGUCAGCUGGAGACUCAUAACCAUAAAAUGGUCACUUUCAAAUUUGACCUGGAUGGAGAUGCACCAGAAGAGAUUGCUACAUACAUGGUGGAGAACGAUUUUAUUCUACCUUUAGAAAAAGAGGUCUUCAUUGAGCAGCUGAAGGACAUCGUAGACAAGGCUGAGGACAUGCUGAGUGAGGACACUGAGGGUGAGAGGAACUCCGACCAGGGAGGCAGCCCCAAACAGAGUGAAGGACCUGGCACACUGGGAACAGAGGCUUCAUCUCCCAGCACCCCACAGCUAGUGUACCAACAAAAUGUCCUGCACACUGGUAAGCGUUGGUUUAUAAUCUGCCCUGUGGCUGAGACUCCCAUGCACGACAAAGAGAAUACAUCACACGCCCAGGAAUCUAAAAAGUCUGGCUCAUUGUCAGUCGGGGCCAAUGGCAACACAGCUGCAGUGCCUACUCAGGUCGCCUCUCUGUCCUCCCAAAACCCGUCCUCGUCCUCCUCACUGACCACCGCAGCUCAAACCUCGGUCCAGCCUCCGGACCAAAUCACUAGCAAAGCCCACAUCCAGCAGACCCAGCCCGGUGUUACUAAACAUGCCCUAGGUUCUAGUGCCGCCAACCAUCACAGCUCACUUUCUGUGGAAGAACCUUGCAUCUCCGCUGUUUCUAUGGUUACUGAUAUGCCAUGCUGCGCUAUUGUGCCCCCUGUCUCGCUGGAUGUAAAUGGCAUUGAGAAAGGAACACCUGGUGGUUUGGUUUCAUCUCAGACUAAUCAACCAAUCCAGAAGGCCAGCCCUACUGGAGAAGCUCCUCCUCAGCUGACUUCCCUUCAGUCUGUGGUCAUGCAGCAACCUUAUGCAACGCCCAUGCAGCCUGGGACUGUGACCUCACAGCCUCAAAGUCCUGCACAUCAGAACUCCCAGUCUUCAAGCCAUCAGCAGUGUGUGGGGCCAGGCGAGUCAGACAGUGAGGGGCCACGCAGGGUGGAGUUUGUUGACCGCACUAUCAAGACUUUGGAUGAGAAGCUGAGAAACCUGUUAUACCAAGAGCAUGCUCCUUCCCAGCCCUCGAGCCUUACAUCUGACACCCAGGCAUCCAGCACAGAGGGGGUCAGCUCCCCUCCAGUCUCAGACGGCCAAAGCACUGAAGGAGCACUUCCAAAGAAGAAGGGGGAACCUCUGCCUCAGAUUCCUGAGCGCACGGAUGAUGUUGGUACAUUAAGUGACUCUGCAGUGCCAGGUACUAACACGGGUUUAAAAAGAAGUGAUGUGCCUGAAAGCUCUGGUGCACAUGGCUCCAAAAGCCGUUUUCAAAUCAUCCCAACUCCACCGGAUGUUAUUUGUCGCUUGGAAAAAAGCAAGACAAGCUGCAGCUCCUGCAGUUCCCCAGCUCCUUCUAGUGGUUCUGGUGGGUCUUACAGCCAAGCUCAGAGCAUGAGCAAGAAAGAGAAAGGAUGUGUGGCUAUGAGCAGGUCGUCAGUGAAACCUGGAGAUGAAGAUGAGAAUGCAGAAACAUCUAAAUCUCACCGCAGUAGCCGUUACUCUGCUCCGCCAAACUUCUACCAGGCUACACCUUCUUCUAGUCCUGACAGCACCCCAUGCCACAUUCCCCGGGCCCAGACUAUUGACGCUUCAGCACAUCACCACUAUCGCUUCCCCUCUCACCUCUGCUCUGACUCAGCAGAUGAGGACAGCAGCAGCGUAGCUCUUCCUCCUGCACAUCCAGCUCCUCCGGCUCAUACCCUGUCUGAGCACAGUGGAAGUGACCUCAUGAAGAGGGCAGUUGCCUUCCUGCGGCGCUCUGGGCGAAGCAAAAGUGAACAGAGCUCCGAUUCACCGAGCCGACAGCCCGUGUCAAUGAAUGGUCACACUCCUUCGCCUUCAGCAGGACAUGCACCCUCAUCCUACAUCAGCAGUGACAAUGAUUCCGAGUUUGAGGAUGCAGAUAUGAGAAAAGAACUACAGAAACUUAGAGAAAAACACAUGAAAGAGAUCUCAGAGCUGCAGGCAUUUCAGAGGAGUGAGAUUGAACAUCUGUACAAGGAGUUGGGAAAAACUCUGCCCCCCAAUGUCAGCCUGCUUCAUGCUGCACCUCCAAGUGGCCGUAGGCGCAAAGCCAGCAAACACAAGCUAAAGGCUGGAAAACUGCUCAAUCCAAUGGUGCAGCAGCUCAAAAACAAUCUUAAUACAACCAGUGCUGACAGAAAAGGUGAGAGUGCUGCCAGCUCGUCCGGCUCCCCGGCUAAAAGUUCAGUUCUAUCAGAUGGCUCAACCCACUCCAGCGGCUGCUCCAGCUCCAGCAAUCAGCCGAGCACUGCCCCAGAGCAUGUCCAUACCCAGCAGCCCUGUUCUUUGAAGGGUUCUUUCUCCUCAGACAACAUCUACGCUGGACUACAUGGUGAUGGAAAUCCCAACCAUGCUGGCCCUGGUCAAGGCUGGACGGUUUACCACCAAACGUCAGAGAGAGUCACCUAUAAAUCUAGUAGCAAACCACGCACUAGAUUCCUCAGUGGACCUGUGUCUCUGUCCAUCUGGUCCACUCUGAAACGACUAUGUCUAGGCAAAGAACGCAGUAGUAGGUCCUCUCUCAACACCACCACUGCUCAAACAGCCUCCAGUCAGACUCAGCCAUCACUCUCUGCAGCAACAUCCUCACCUUCUCCUCAGCCAUUCACACGUCUCGCUCAGGUCCAGACCAACAACAGCAACAACAAGAGAGGCACGUUUACUGAUGAUCUUCACAAACUGGUUGAUGACUGGACAAAGGAAACUGUAGCAGCGGCCAGUCAAGCACGACCUUCCCUGAACCAGAUGAAACAGCAGAGGCGUCGGCAAGACCUGGAAGGCGGUGCAGCACCGAUGGGAGCAGUUACUCGUGAGAUGAAAUGUCAUAACGGUCCCGGCAAGUUCCAGCUGCCUCUUUCAUGCCCCCUGACUGCUGCUUUAGGCCCUCGUAUACCUGCAACCCUAUCGUCAAACUCAUCCACAGCGCCCUCUCCUGGUUACCUCGUUCCCGCAGGCUCCUAUGCUGGGAUGGUUCCCGGUCCUCUUUAUCCUCAGAGAUGGCCCAGCUUGCCCAGUCCUGUAGGGUCUGUGGUCCCUGUAGGCUUGCUUGGUGCAGCAAGAAUGAUGCCCUAUGGCACAAUGGCAAACCCACAGAUUCAAGCUUACCCUCUGGUUAUCCACAGCCCCGAGAAUGGCCCGUGUCCAAAAACCACAAGGACUACUUAAUCUGCUUACCAAAAUUUAUUAGUGUGUAUUUGCAAGACAGUCCAGCUCCACUCUGCUCUGUUCAGAGCAACACAUGUACAUAAUCCCAUCAUGUAAAUACCAUGAGAAAAGUGUUGAUUCUUCAUGCAACACUAAUCUGUAGUAAAUUGUGUGUGUGUGAGUGUAGAUAUGUGUGUAUAUUAUACAGUACAUGUUAAGUAAGUAUGUUUGAAUACUUUUUUGGCUUUAGUCAUGACUCAGCCAUACUAGUCAUUUUAUGUGUGGUCACAACAUCCAUAUUUCAUUUUAUUCUUCAAUUCUGCAAUUUUCUUGUUGCUUUUGCCUUUCUGGGUUAAGUACACUUUAAACACUACAUUGGAAUCCAAAUACCAGUGGUUUGAGAUACAAUAAUAGGACAGUAUGAUGAAUCUAUUGGAAAGAAUGUAGUGCCUUGAACAUUAAUUUAUAUAUUUUUUUUUCUUCUUGGAAAAAAGAAAAAAAACCACAAGUCUGCAUCCAAGAUAUAUUAUUUUAAUGUAGCUUGAAUGCAGUCUUGAGUUUUUAAUACAUUGCAAUUUUUAUUUUUUAUUUUUUUUUGGUUUACAUAUGAAUGCCCUUCUGUUACUGCACUGUCAUCACAGUAUGUAGUUUUAUUUAAAUAACAGAAUCGUGUUUUAACUCUUGUUUACUUUCCACCCCUGUGACAGAUGGAAUGCCAUAGCGGUGAGACGUACCGAUGCCUUUCAGAAACAAACGGUUAAUGUACGACUGAUGAGGGAAGGGAGAAAAAAAAUAUGCCAGCAGCCAAAAUCCACUCAUUCAGGUCAAAAUGGUUCAGCAGGACACAGCCUCUUUUUGAUAGGACAGCUGAUACAUUUGACAGCACAAGAGCUGGCAGUGUUAUAGCUUUGUGCUCAAAGGAAAGGCGGUGUCCAGAGCCAUACAUACUGUACAUAGUUCUUUCUACAGUAUAUGCCUCCGGAAGUGUUCUGAUCAGAAUGUAGCGAUUACUAUGUGAAGGCUUGAGGCUCAAAAGUGCAAUUUAAACCCCUCAACAAAGCUUUGAUCGUGGCCUUGCCACAAGCCUUAUCUCUAAUGUGUGCAACAGGAGCAAGCUAAAAAGUUGAACAAACGUCGCAAAUCACCAAGCACCAGACAGAAGACAGAAGUUACCGGGCAAAGUAUAAAGAUUACAAUCCACGCAGCAAACUGAAUUCACUUCCAGUAAAUGUUCUUUCAACUUUGCUAGUACUCAGCCUACACUGUAUGUAAAAUGUUCUGUGAAAUCACAAGUUAGCUCUGAUGUUUUCAACCUAUUUGAUGUUUGAUGCUUUUCUUUUCUUUUUCUUUUUUUUGGUGAUGCUGCUAUCAUUUGUUAAGGUGAUCCUACUGUGUAGUUAGGCUUUCUGUUCACAUACAAUGGCACUAAAAAAAUAAGACUCCUCAGAUUAACAAAUGGGACACUCAUAAAGCAGUGUUAUUGCCUUGUUGAAAUUUUGAUGUGUUCAUUUCACACGUUGCUUUUGAUGUCUGCUCUGUUUUCCAGUUUCUUUCCAGCGAUAUAUUUCAAAAUGCAAACGACACUCGAUGUGGGAGAUUUGCACAACACAUAUUCUCCUUUUAUUCUGCGUUAAAAGAGUUCCUACACUGUAUAUAAGUGGGUUUCACCCAUCUGUACUUUUAUAUCACCGACGAGCAUGGCCAACUUUUCAUGUUCCACAAAGCUUAACAGUUAUUGCUAUUAUGGUUAGAAAUUUCACAUCUCCACAGCACAUUUGAAAGAUUUCAGCACCACCAAUCUUGCCAAGCUGUGAAUUGUACAGUUUUCUUGUUUUGUACAUUUUGUUUUUCUGUUUUUGUUUUUGGUUUUUUUUUUUGUUGUUUUUGGAUGAAAAUGAUAUUGAUGGUGGUGGUGGUAUUGGAUGAGGAGGAGGGGUUGCUUUGAAGUAUAUUAUUCCAUCAAUUCGGUUUGAAUUGGACUUUUAUAGGAUAUUAUGCAGAGUCUUCUGCUUUGGUGAAAUACUUCCAGUAGUAAGAGAUUUCUGUUCUCUGUCAUUUGUAUCUGGUAUGUUUUGUUCCACCUCCCUCGCUGCUAACUUACUGGAGAGCAGAGAAGGGAACAACUCUAUGGCAUAUUCAUUUGGAUGCACUGAUGAAAUGAAGAGCUGAUACACACAGAGGGGAAAGCAGCUCUGACACCUUCUCCCUCUGCUCAUCUCGCUCUUCUGUGGACAACAUUGCCCCCUGGUGAAUAUGCACUGGUUGUCAAAGGCUUGUAUUCAAACUGUGGGAUUGCUUUUUGCCUGCUGUAUGUCCCACUGCAUUACCCCACCCUAUCCUGCUGCACUCUUAUCACAGACUGUAUGUUGAGAGAGAAAUAAAUAUUUUAUGCUUGA